ACCAAACCUUUGUUCCUCAUUUUUAUUUUGCAUCUCAUUCUUUCUCCUCAUCUUUCAGAAGAACAAGAACACAAAGUUGAACCAAACGCUACAGAAACACAAAAGAAGAAGAAGAAGAAGAAGAAGACUCUUUCGCGAUCAAGAUCUCUCUUAUUCAUUAAGAAAACGCCUGAUCGUUGUUAGUACUCGUUGGUCUUCCUAAAUGGUGAAGUCUGAGCACAAGAUCCAGUCAGGGACAUCAAAGGCAAUGGCAGCAACCUCAUCAGUAGCAGCAAUCAAGAAGAAGUACAAGGGAGUGAGAAUGAGAAGUUGGGGUUCGUGGGUUUCAGAGAUAAGAGCACCAAAUCAGAAAACCAGAAUAUGGUUAGGAUCUUAUUCUACUCCUGAAGCUGCUGCAAGAGCCUAUGAUGCGGCACUUUUAUGCCUUAAGGGCUCUUCAGCCAAUCUCAACUUCCCUAUCACAUCUUCUCAUUAUAUUCCUGAUACUGUUAUGUCCCCUAAGUCCAUUCAAAGAGUGGCUGCGGCUGCUGCUAAUAGUUUUGUGGAGAAUGCCACCACCACCACGAAAGCAACAACAACCACCAACACCUCCUACACAUCCCCGGCCACCACACCAUCAGCAUCAUCACCACCUCUUCCCUCUUUCUUUUCCUCAUCUCCCUCACCGUCAUCAUCAAUGUCUUCCUCAUUUUCUGAUCAACUUGAUGACGAUGUGUCACUAAUGCAAUCUUUUGGGAGCUACAGUGAACCAAUUCCUAUGCUAGACAACUCAUGGUACAACUUUGAAGACCUGCAAUCACCCAAAUUUCUCGAUCAAAUGUUCAAUCCACCCAUGAUGAUGAUGGAUGAUUUUUAUGAAGGUGAUAUUCGUCUAUGGAGCUUUGCAGAAUAGUAGUAGUAGUUCAAAAUAUCAUCAAAUCAAUCUAAAGAUUUUUAAUGCAACCCAUUUAAUUCUUCUUGUCCAUUAAUUCAUAAAAAUUUAUAUUGAUUAUUCUUCAAUCUUCAUCUUCUGCUGUUGCUUCAAGACAUUACUGACAAAGUGACCUACAAGUUCAUAUGCUAGCGUUUGAUUCAGGAAAAGACUCACAUGGGGCACGAGACAUUUUUUUGGACUCUUUCAUGUGGGUUUCUAUAUAUAUAAAUAUUGAAAUUUUUAAUGUACUAUCAAAUUAUUCAUAAGUGUGCUAUAUCCAAUGUUUUUACAUUGUAAUUUAAUAAGAUUAAAGGUGGGAAAAUUAUUUUUAAUUUCAAUAAUUAAUUCCUCUUCUUCUAUAA